UAUUGUGCGUAUCUGCUCUUGUUUGUCAAACGAUGAGGAAAACAUGGUAAUGUUAUGAACCCGGAGACGAUGCUAGCCUUUAUGAAAACAUCGGGAUUGGCCAAAACCUCAUGUCACUCUUACUCACGGCCUCAUUGUGGUGUUUGUGAACGAUGUCUGCCGCUGGUUUCGGCUGUCGCUGCUACUUUAGGAUGAAAACGGAGGUCUGGAGCUACGGUGCAGAGCUGACAGGCGGACCGACCGUUGGACCUGCUAAACACAACACAGUCGCACGUGAGUCUUCGGAUGCGAGCCUUGUCCGAAAGUUAAUGAAGAAGCUAACAGCUGCGAGAGAUCUAGGCUGCCACUAAAAGACGUCCGAAUAGAAAGCAGGUGGGCCAGAGAUGGGAAAUGACACCGCAGUGCUCCAAAUUCAUCCGCUUGAGCGAACCGAAGCAGCCCGCCAGGCAAAAACAUCCUCCGAGAGAAAUGGUGCUUAGUAACGUAGUAAUAACCCAGUAGGACACGACGGUUAGCUAGCUACAUCUCUAUCUGACUCUGUUAUUAUAGGUUUGGGCUCGCGAGGAGUCACUAUCAUCACUUUUCCAGAAAUGUCCUUCACAAUGGAGGAUAAUUUGGAGUCGGGGUGGGUAGCCGUUCGACCGAAUGCAUUCGAGGAAAAGGAGAAGCAUAAAUUUGUUUUUAUCGUCGCCUGGAAUGAAGUGGAAGGUAAAUUUGCCAUCACUUGUCAUAACCGGACGGUGCAGAGGAGAAGCUUUGGCAGAGACCCUCUGGCUGAAGCGGCGAGUCAGGAUGGGGACAAAACAAAAUGGCCCGAAAGUCCCGUUAGGAGCCCUAGCAAAGGACGGAAAGGGUCCAAAUCGCCGUCCGCCAAACCCAGCCCAGUCCGGAUCCAAACCGGGGUUAAAUCUGCUGCAUCACCCGUCAGUCCGGACAUAGAGGUUCUGUCCCCAUCCCCGGACUGUUUGGACCUGGAGGAGCUGGACAGUCUAAGCCGGGAGGACUGCAGCUGGGCCGGGCUCUUCUCCUUCCAGGACCUCCGGGCGAUCCACCAGCAGCUGUGCUCGGUGAACUCGGACCUGGAGCCCUGUCUCCCGGUGUUCCCGGAGGAGCCAGCUGGGAUGUGGACGGUGCUGUUCGGCCCAGCGGAGGUCCCCGAGACGGAGAUGGACGAGCUGUGUUACAGUUUACAAAUGUACCUGGGACAUGCGCUUGAUACCUGCGGAUGGAAGAUCCUGUCCCAAGUUCUAUUCACGGAGAAUGAUGAUCCGGAUGAGUACUAUGAGAGUCUGAGCGAGCUGAGGCAGUCCGGGUACGAAGAGGCUCUCAACCGUUCAACUAAACAUCUGCAGGAGCUGCUGGAGAAGCACAGGACUAUGGACAGCAUGGUGGAGCUGUUGGAGCUGUACGAGGAGGAGGACCAGGCCUAUGGGGGCCUGUUGGAGGCCUCCACUCAGCUGUACCAGUACCUGCUGCAGCCCUUCAGAGACAUGAGAGAACUAGCAAUGCUACGGAGACAGCAGAUCAAGAUCUCUUUGGACAAUGACUACUUGGGCCCCCGGCGAAUUGAAGCCCUUAAGAAGGAGGACUCUGACUGGCAGAAGAAAGCUCAGGAAGCCGUCCUCAACAUCCAGGAGUUUACUGUAAAAUACUUUGAGAUCACUGCCAGAGCUCAGAAAGGGGUCUAUGAGCGUAUGAAGGUGGACCAGCGUAAGUUUGGGAAGGCUUCUUGGACAGCAGCAGUGGAGCGGAUGGAGAGACUGCGCUACUCUUUUGCUAAGGAAACAUUACAACUCCAGAGAGCCCGAGAGAUAUCUCUGGAGCAACGGAAGCACACACUCAGAGAGGAGAUGCAGAGUCUUUGUAGCAGUGAGGAUGCCAUGGCUCUUUUAGACUACAUGGAGACCCAGUACUAUGAACUCCAACUCCAACUGUAUGACAUCCAGGCUGAGAUACUACAGUGUGAAGAACUGCUGCUCACAGCUCAGCUAGACAGUGUUCGCAGACAGAUGACAGAGCGUCAGGAUGAGGUGGUGUACUAUGACACCUUUGAAAGUGCAGAUGAUAUAACAGAGGAUGACACUUUGGAGAGGGAGGAGCUGCGCAGGCUUCAGGUCAGUGCUCGACAGCUGGAGGCGAGAAGGGGGCGCAUCACUGCCAAACGUUCCUAUCUUAGGCACAAAAGGGAGAUUUGUGUUUCCAACCACACCCAGAAACAACAGAAACGUCCAACCAGUCAGAAGGACCAGUUAUCCCACCAGGUCUUACAGCUAAAAAAUGAUGAAGAGGAAGAUGAAGAGAGAAAGAACAAUAGAGUGAGUCAGGAAAGGCAGAGAACUCUGGACAGAUUACGAACUUUUAAACAGCGGUACCCAGGUCAGGUCAUUCUCAAAUCCGCUCGACUGCGUGUCGCCCAUACCAGAAGAAGAGAGCGUUGCAGGAUUGUGGAAAUGGGCACUGGAAGUGAAAGAGAAGAGUUUGCGGAUUGUGUUCAGAUGCAGGACCAGCCGCUGUGUCUAAGCACCAGCGUGCAGACGGACCCCAGCCCCAGCACGACGCUCACCACACAGCCUGUUACGGCGCUGACAGCAUCGCUGCCUCCGCUGCCUGUACCCAGUCCUGCAGACUCCACCUGCUCUCCCUGCUCACUGUCCUCACUGCUUUCAUCUCCUAUCUCCCCUCCCCCACCACCUCCUCUUCCACCUCCCCCACCAACUAUAGAGGAGUUGUCACCUUCCAGUACCCCAGGCCAAAAGGUGCACAAGGCUGAGCCAAAGAGUGUAGCCGAAGAGCUCACUCUGUCCCCGCUUGGGCCGUUCGUGCCUCGUUUCUUUGACAGCAGUCAGUUGGUCAGCGCUCGCAAAAAACUGAGGAAGACUUCAGAGUUUGAGGCCCACAGCCGAAGAGUGAGUUCACCCAUGGAUGAGGUCCUGGCCUCGCUGAAAAGAGGCAGCUUCCACCUGAGGAAGGUCGACCAGCGCUCCCUGGCUCCUGCCAAAGGUGAUGAUGACCCCAACAGCAUCCUGGCCCAGAUCCGCAAAGGGGUUAAACUGAGGCGUGUUCCUCGGAAGGAAAGAAAAGACCAAGGAGAGUUCCCGGCCUCCACUGACCCCCUAACAAGGAGCAUCCAUGAGGCCUUGAGACGCAUCAAGGAGGCCUCGCCGGAGUCUGACUCAGAUGAUGACGGGCUGGCCGGUCCUGACUGGGAAAGCUAGGGAUCAAGGCCCAGAAGUAACAAACAGAGCACAGCCUGUAUCCCCUGGCACUGCACACACUGUACUUUACAGCACUGAAGAGUGCUGCGCUGUAAUGUAAACACACACACACACACACACACAGAGUUCAUCACUCACACAAACACCUACAGUGCAGUCUCACAUGCUCUGGGUGACUCUGCCAGGGCUUGAGUCAUACUGAAUAUCACCAACUCACCAAAUGCUCCAAAGGUCUAUGGUCAACCUGUUCAGUUGCUUUUAAACACUACAACAUGAAGUACAUUAUUUGUGUUUUAUUUUUACUGUAUGUUACUGACUGAAUGAUGCCAUGUUCAUUUGUAAUUCUUUCAUGUGCACUGUUGAAGUGCUCUGUACUGGCCAUUUGCAUUUACAUCCAGAUAAAUCACCUCACACAUUACACUAACACACUGCUAUCACAGUUAUUUAUAAAACUGAGAACCUCAUGUGGAAAUGACCUUGAUGGAAGUGGCCUUUUCCAUGUGUCACAGAGCCUCAGAAAUGAAAACCUGACCUAAAAACACAAAACAUUAAAUGGUUAUGGUUUAUAAAAGAAGAUAUUAAAGUUUCUCUAAUGUUGGAACUGAGAUCACUGGAUUUAAAGUGUGGAGUUUUACUACAUUACAGGUCCCCUCUGCUGACACUCUGCUCUCCUCUGUUUCCUCUCAUCCAGUGUACUACAGUAUUACUGAGCUAUUCUAACUGCACAGCUGCUUUUGUCCUGACAUGUGGGUGUGUCAGUGUGGCAGACAGUAUGAGGACCACUGCUUGUCUAAUCAGACAUCACAUAGAGACUGUAAAUCUUUUACUCUGUCACACCAGAUUCAUGUCCAUCCCCUCCCCCCCAGCUUGUCCCCUUCCGGCCUUUACCACCCCCAACUCUGAUAUCCUCUCUGGAUGAGGGAAUAUUUAUUGACCCAUCUGUUCGACCACAGCAUAUGGCUAGGUUGGUGGGAGAUACGGAGAGUCACAAUAGGUUUGCCAUUUGACGCCACAUCUAACACGUCCUCUGAACUGAAGCAGGUCAUAUAGAGUAGAAGAGGAUCAGAGGAGGGGUCAUGCAAAGUUGAAGAGAUUCAUAGCGAGGAGGAUGGGAGUAGUCCUUAUAAAAUGUGGGCAUACUCGGUUGGUGAUUCCCGAACUUUGUAUGUAGGAUGAUCACGGCAGAGCUGAGGAACUAGUCACGCUUGUUUGAAUGAUGGAUUAUAUGUGGGAGGCUAGAUUCUCUCAGCACCGUAGGGAGCCACGGUGGGCUGUGGAGCAGGCGGUGGUGAUUGAUUUGGUUUCUCCUGCCAUCUUAUUCACUUUCUCUCCCCUCUAUUGCAUCUUUUCUAAUUCCUUUCUCUGUUCUCAGUAGGCAGAGGCGCACAGUGGGAGGUUUGUUACUCACAGUGCCUGAAGUGAAACGUGCUCAUGCACACAUGGACUCACGCAUUAAACUUGCAGCCAACAUGUGCACACACACUUUCAUGGCAAAGUGGGUCCUCAGCCUUUAUGUCUAAACCUUUUUUUAUGGUUUCAGUGCUUUCCUCAUACACAGUUCAAAUUAUGAGUCACUUAAUCAGUACAGUAAAAACUUUUGUUGGCUUGACUUUAAUCACUGGUUAUAUCUUUACUAGUUGUCUAAGUUUAAAAGCACUGAAUGACAUGUGGAAUUGGACCUAAAGAAGUGUAAUUAAAAACACAUGACAGUAUAAGAGGACCAGUGGGAGGCUUAGCAGCACAAACAUAGAACAUAAAAUAAAGGUCUCUGAGCCUGAAACAGCCUCAGCAUGCACUGUCUUUAACAACUUUGAUUCCAAGAUAUGUCCGUUCUAUUUUUCUUGCGCUUGUGUUCAGAGCCUGCUGUGAAAACACUCAUGGUCAACCAUAAUGCAGACACUAAUGUAGACAGAACAGGCAUGGAAGUAUAUGUUACAUUAUACACUUUGAAAAUAGCUCAGUGUUAAAGAGAGUUUAUUAUUUUCCUUGCGAUGCAAAUUUGAGGCACUUUUACAUGUCUUCUGUCACUGUUAGCACAAUGUUCUUCCUUGGUACUUUCAUCAUGUAGCAUGAGACAGAAGUAACUCCAAACCUGACUCUUAUCUAGAAACUAACCAUGACUUUACCUGACUGAAUAACUUGGUAUGACCAGGGCAAAAUAAUGUAAUGUUUUGAGUUUGUUACUCAAUGCUUUUAGAAAACUCGGCUCAGAAUGUGACACCUUCUACUCUCACCUGACUGACUAUGAACACACACUGUCAUUUGUUUACACUGACCGUUACCUAUAGUCCUAACAAAGCUUAUUUGUCAACUAGCUGUAAUUUACAUGGAUUUUUUUUUUGCUUUUGUAUCCUGUUUUUCCAAAGCGUUUCCAGCCAAAUUGUUUUGUGAUGCUUCUUAACAUUUCCUGUGUACAGCUGUUACAGGCUGACUAUACGAUCCUCUGUCAGUCACUUGAGAAGUGCAAUAUCAACAUAGACAAGUGAAGAAAAUGAUCAAAAAACUUAAUGAGUGAUGAGUUUAGAUUGAUUGCCUAAUGGACAAUGCAGUUGUUUUUACACAUUGGUGUAUAGGCACACUGCUCUAAAAAUACCUUUUUGCCUUUAGUCUUGUCAUUUUCAUUUAUUUGUUUUUUAUUUACAACCUUUCCCCUGCAUUUGAUUAAAACCUUGUGAAGCAA